AUGGGCUCUUGCAUAUCCAGCCAGAGGCAGUUGGACCUAUACGGGGACCGCACGUCUGAUGGAACUUCUGGCGAGGCCGGCCCAAUCUCGAGAUUGCCCGAUGACGUGCUCUACAUGAUCUUCACACACGCCGCCCAGGCAGAGCCCGUCCGCGGGAUACACGAUCUAUCACAGCAUAUUGCUUUAAUCGACAACCCCUCGUACUCCGAAUGUAUUGGGUGGAUGCGUCUCUCGGCCGUCUGUCGACGCUGGCGCGCCGUACUCGUUUCUUCGGCCCAGCUGUGGGCUGAUGUUGUGUUCCAACUUCCACCGGAGAUCGCAUCUCUCGCCCUUACUCGGUCGGCAAAGGCCCCCCUUGACAUGCACAUACCAUUUGGAGAGAACUUUCAGACCACCUUGCGAAACAACUUGGUGAGCUCGAAGAACUGGGGCCUGCCUCAUACCCACCGCACGCGGUUAUUGAGCUUGGCGAUAGCUCAGGCGUCUCGCAUGCGCAAGCUGAACGCCCCGGACCUCACCGCCGAGAACUAUCGCAGGCUCUUCUCACGCGGCAGGUUCGACGGCUUGCGCGUACUUGUGCUCAGGUGUAGCUACUACGAUGGCGAUUCAGAUGCGCCCAUCCCUACUCGCGAAGACGUUGGGCGGCUGUCCAUCUCCGCACCGAACGUCUAUCGGGCAUACUUGUCGGCUGCUCUCCCAAUAGCUCAGGGCGACGGUCCUGGUUUGGCCUUUUUGUUGCCAGGUCUUCGCGACCUGACAGUGUCCACGACGUUGAGCAGACCGAAAAGUGUCAAUCAACUACGUUGGAUUCCUCCCCUCAUUCGAGGAGCACCGGGCUUGCAGCGCCUGAAGAUGCACCUCCCCGUCGACUUCUUCGUCGAUUGGAAGGAGCUGUGCGGCGAUGAGAACUUCAAUCUCCCGGCGCUGCAUGCUGUGGAGUUGAAUGGUUCGCUGAACGCUCACCUUGAUGAUCUCGUUCAUAAACUCAGCACGUCCAGUCCACCGUCUGUCUUCUCGAGCUCGAGCGGUGACAUGGAUAGUGCGAACAUACUUGAGUUUGUGAGAGUGUAUGGCGAGAUUGUAGCUCGAUCGCUACGAACGCAUCCGUUGGACACGAUGUACAUCUCGCGAGGCACUCGCAAGGACUUCCACGCUGCGUUCUCGUUGACAGCUUUCUCGAGCAAAGAAGUCCGUGCCCCUUAUCAUAACCUUGAGGAGCUCACGAAGGGCAUCUACUCGCGCGCUCAUCACGCCGCACGGAUUUCUGCGUUCUUCUCCUUGCUUAACAUGGGAGACGAGGACAGAGCGGGAGACGCCCUCGGCGUACUCGCUCCCCUUCUCGCGAAGAACUCGGUCAGGCAUCUCAUCCUUGAUGAGCUUUCCACCGCACAGUGGGAGACAGCUGUCCCCGGACUUCUGCGAACUUGUUUGUCCAAAGUGACAACCUUGCAUUGUGUCGACUCAUGUGAUCCUGUCGGCAAACAGCUCGACAUGUAUCCCUGUACCGCAGCUCUGCGUCGGCUCAAAGCCACCGAUGUGCCCGAGGUUGAACGGGAUGGGUCACCAAAAGGCGAGACACCACCGACCCCGCGUCCUGAAUACCCUCUCCCCGCGUUGAAGACUGUUGUAGUCUCAAUGAUGUCCAAACCGGCAGAGAAAUACUGGACAAUAAAGGCCUACGCAGACGUUCGCGAGUGGUGGGACGAGUUGGUUAAGGGGUUAACUUAUCGGCGUGAUAUCGGGUUACGCGUACGAACGUUGCGCAUCGUCGGUGCCCUAGUACAGGAGAAGUGGAAUAGUAGGAUGGCGAAGGUGGAUGCCAAGAUGCUUGGGCGCAUGACUGAGUACAAGCUCGUCGAUGAAGUCAUCGACGAGCGCACCUUCAAUCCUCCAAACAGCGAGUCGUGA